AUGUCGGAAUUCUACUGGAAGUUCCUUCAUAAACACCUCGCGCCAAAGUAUUCAACCGGAGAUAAACGGAUUGGCUACACACUGUCUGAAGUGGCACAAGUAUUGGGAGCGGCGAAAGAGGCGUUGAAAAAGGACAACUCACUCAUCGAAAUGAACCCGCCAAUUGUGAUUGUCGGUGACAUUCAUGGACAGUACUACGACCUGCUGCGAAUGUUCAGCUUAUUCAACGACAAAGACCGUAAUGAACCCGUUAGUGGAACACUCACACAGAAGUAUCUUUUCUUGGGCGACUAUGUUGACCGUGGCUCGCGUUCUCUUGAAUGUAUCAUGCUUGUCUUUGUAUUGAAGAUCCUUUUCCCGAAAAAGUAUGGCUUAGUUCGAGGAAAUCACGAGUGUCGACCAAUCAAUCGAGUCUACGGUUUCUUCGAUGAGCUCCAAGAUAGGUUUGGGAAUGAAGAAGCUGAGGCGCUGUGGCAAACAUUCAACGAGACCUUUGCUUUAUUGCCACUGGCGGGACUAGUUGGAAAGAAGAUCUUCUGCAUGCACGGGGAAUUGGUCAGUGAUCGGUUCACUUCUCCAUUGGCAAUGGAUCUCUUGUGGGCUGAUCCAAUGAUUGAUUUGAUCGGAUUCAUGCCGAAUCAGGUGCGAGGAGUGUCCGUGUAUUUUGGCGAAAGCGAAGUGGUGAAAUUGUGCAAAUCUCUCAACAUCGACCUUAUCGUUCGGGCACACCAGAUGAUGCAAAAUGGUUAUGGGUUCUUUUGUGGAAGGAAAUUAAUGACGAUAUUUACUGCGCCUCGAUAUUUCCCGGAGAGGAACAACAAGGCCGCCGUGUUGGUUGUGGAUGAAAAUGGGAAAUGCUCGAUUAAAGUCUUGCUGCCCUGCGAUGAGAUCAACACCGGAGAGAAAGCCUUCCGAAAGGAAUUUGACUUGUCUUACAUGGACAGUUCGAGUUAUCAAUUCUACAAGACCAAUGGAAAACUUCCAAAGGGACGACGAAAGGGU